AUGCAAGCGGCGCGGCGAGGGAUGCGGGCGGAGCAUCCGCGGAGGCAGCCGCGUCGCCGGGCGGAGCUUCCUCGCCUGCAUCCCGCCUCCCAGCCGCCUAUAAAAACCCCCCUCGGGGCGCCGCGCAUCCCUGAUCCUCUUGUGCAACGAGCAUCUCUCUCCUUUUGCUCAGUCCUCGCAGCGCCAGCUUUUGAAAAGAAGCCUCCGGGAUAUUUAUUUCUGCUUCUCUCCAAAGCACCAUCUCUUUCGCCAGGGAGCACUUCGGCGCGGCAGCCUCUCGCCGAGCCUGGAUGCAUGCUCGUGGGAACGCGCCCCGACACGUGUCUUCGCAGCCGAAGCGUGCAGCCAUCAUUCCCUCGGAUCGGAUUCCUCCUUUGAUUUUCGCGGCGCUUCGAGAAAGAAACUCGGAGCCUCUCCAGCCUCUCGCCUUUACGCGCAGCAGCCCCAGAUGGAGACCGCCCGGGUACCCGCGGGAUCCCCCCCGGCCUGCCGCGAAGCCCGGAGAUCCAGGAAGACCCUCGGCUUCCUGGCCGUCGGGCCCAAGACCCUUUUCCCGGAGGGCGACGGAGCCGCCGCGAUGUCCCCGGUCACCACCUUGGCGCUGAAUAUGGACAAGCUGACCGGCCUGGGCAGGUAAGACCACGAGGACUAGCGCCUUGGAGGAGGAAAAUUGGGGAUCUUGCAUGUCCGCGGGGUGCGUGUGUUGUUGCAGGAAUUUAGCUUUGCAUGUCAUUUUGUGCACGCAGGAUUUGCCCGAGGGGUGGUAUAAAAACAGACUGGGCCUAAAAGGAAAUCCAUUAUUUUUUUGGGGGGGGGUGCGUGUCGCUUUUUGCAAGCGACCCACCAGUCCGAUCCUCACGUGCAGCCUUUGCAGAGGCGCGCGUGGUUUUAUUCCACGCGAAAAGGGGGAAGGGUAGUUUACGGGGCUGGGGGCCACGUGCGCGCCUUUGCAACAUUGCAAGGGUUUUUUUCUGUGCGUUUGGAAAAAAGCAAGAGUCUGUAACCCCCCCCCUCUUCCUGCCCCCCCCAACUUCUCUCCUGGGUGGAAAGAGCGAGCAGCUGUUUUGCAGGGCUGGGGGGGGGGCGCCCGGGCCGCGUGGGAGCCGGACAAAGGGAGCCUUUAACGGGAUCAAGAAUGCCGGCGGGGGCCGGAGGCGGAGGGCUGACUGUGGGUAUUGGGGGGGGGGACACGUGUGGGGUCGAGGAGGAAUCGGGGCCCCUGCGGAGCUGCAGGAGCCCCCCCCCCAGCUGGCUGGUUGGGAAAGAGGCCGGAGGCGCCUUUCCAGAUGUUGCGUGACUCCCAGCUGCACGGUCUGGGAUUGUGCUGGGGGAGGGAGCGAUAGGCCAGCAACAUCUGGAAGAGCCCCCCCUCCAUUUCGGCUUUACCCCAACCUAAGCACUGGUUAGUUCCCCUUUAUUUCUCCAUUUUUAAAAAAUAAAUUUGUAUAUUCAUCCGCAGAGCUCCGGGCAGGGGCAGCAAUAUAUAUACAAGAUAGAAACUCAAAAUGCAGAAUAAAGACAAAACAAACCGCCCCCCCUUGAGGUUGCCUAAUAAUAAUAAUAAUAAUAAAUAAAUUUUAUUCAUACCCCGCCCUCCUCAGCCAAGACCGGGCUCAGGGCGGCUUACAACCAAUAAUAAAAACAAGUUGAUUGAAAUACAAUUUAAAAAACAAUAUUAAAAUACAACAUUAAAACAAUAUAGGAUUGUCAUAUAUAUAUAUAUAUAUAUAUAUAUAUAUAUAUAUAUAUAUAUAUAUGUAUAUGUAUAUAUAUGUGUAUAUAUGUAUAUAUAUAUAUGACAUAUAGGGUCUCCUAGAACAGCCCCACUGCCAUGCAGGAAAUGCAAAGAAACUAAAUCUUUCAUUUCCUUUCCUUUCCUUUCAUUCUCUCUCUCUCCACUCCCAAUGUAAGAGUUUUGCAGCAGGAUCAGGCCUGGGAUUAUUGGGGCGGGGGAGGGGGCGGCCUUUGGAAUAUAGCAACAUCUGGAAGGUUCCCUGCCAAUACCCUAAACACCGAUCAGUUUUCCUCUGGGUCGUCCUAGGAUUGUAGAAUUGCAAGGGGAUUCCAGAGGUCCUCUAGCCCAGUCCCACUGCAAUGCACGGGGUCUUUCCUUUGCCCUACCAUCCUUUCAUUCUCUCCCCCUCUCCAAAUGUAAGAGUAACAAAGCAGGAUCCGGGCCAGAGGCCCAUCUAAGCCUAGCAUCCUGUUUUCCUGGAAGGCCGCAAGAAGCGCUUUGAGUGUGCGCAGACUUAUACACACUCCUGUUUUCCCUGAGCGCACCUGAUGCAUGAGCUGUGUGGUCCAUGCACUUGUUGAAUUUAAGGGCGCUUUUAUUCUGGAAGGAUCCUCACCCCCUGCAACACAGUGCAUGCUUUCUUGGAAAUAGGGCCUGCCCUUUUCAGUGCAAACAGGAUAUUAAAAAGGUCUAAAAACCCACAUUCCUAACAGCUUCACUGCCGGGUAGGCUUUGGAUCUAGCGAUCCCAAAAGGGUUUCAGAAUCGUAGAGUUGGAAGAGGGAAACCCCAGAGCUCAUCUAUCCCAGCCCACUUCAAUGCAGGAACGUCUGCUAAGUCUUAUUAAUUACCCAACAUGGGGGAAUCUAUAUAUUUUUCUCCCUGCACAGUGGGGCUCAUUCCUUAUUCUACCCCUCCAACACUUUCUAAGCCUCUAAGAGUCAGCCUUUAUGCCAUAAUCGAACUAUAUAAUUGAAAUAUGAACACAACUCUUAACAUUUAUUUUUGGUCAGAUGUGAAACCAGCCAUUCCAAACAUGGUUGAAUAGUGUAAAACUAAACUGAUUCUUUUUUCUUCUUUUUUAAAAGCAAGUGCUGAUAAUGUUUUCAUGAAGGCAAAUCAACAAACAGAUGUGGAAAAAACCAACAACCCACCGUGGCCACACUCUAACCCCUUUGAGUGACAUCUGCUAGACCAGGCAUGGCCAAACUUUGCCCUCCAGCUGUUUUGGGACUACAGUUCCCAUUAUCCCUGACCACUGGUCCUGUUAGCUAGGUAUGGAGGGAAUUGUAGUCCCAGCUGGAGGGCCACGUUUGGCCAUUCCUGCUCUAAGCACUGUGCCACACAGCCUUUAGGAUCUGCAUUCAUGCGCCAGAAAUGAGAUCCAUUGCUUUUUCCAUUUGCCUCUUGUGGGAUUUUUCUGUUUGCUAAUGUGUGGUGCCCUGCUGAAUAAUCUUGUGCAAGAUGGGGGUCUGGGUAGGUGAGGGGAGUAUGGGGGGGGGAGGAGGCUGUGGUUGUUCAGCGGCCCUGUCAAUAUACCAUUCCCCCCCCCACUCCAUGCAACCAUCUUGCCUCCAUGUUGGAGAAGAGAACUGGUUCCUCUGAGUUUUGGGUGGGUGGGCUGCAAGCAGCAGCCCUGAGGCUUUCCGAAAGGGAGUUUCCCUUUUGGAAAAAAAUGCACAUGAGGCUGUAAUCCGAAGCAUGCAAAUUUGGGAGGGGGGGGCCGUAGGAAUAGGUUGGAGCUGCGCACAUGUGCUCAGCAGCGGGACGGGAGAAUCAAAUGGGGAUUUAUCGAAACCUGAGAUCAGUUUAAACCCAGGGCAUAGGGUGAAGUCCAUGUAAACCUGCUUUCUUAGGUUGCUUUUUAAAUGCUGUCUUUUGUGCUCCUCCAGUGGUUGCAUGCAUGCAUUCUUUAUUCUCCCCCCCCUCUCCCCCCCUUUGUUCUAACCUCUUCCUCUUCCCUCCCCUCUUUGAAACUCUCUUUCCUGCCUCUCAGGGCUGGCUUCUCGCAGUAGGACUGUUUGCCUGCACAAUGUCACUUCUGUUCAAAAAGAAGAAAUAAUGCGUGCUUGGGGGGGUGUGUGUGUGUGUGUGUGUGUGUGUGUGUGUGUGUGGUUUCCUCUCCCUCCCCUGCCAGGGUGUGCAGCAGAGCAAAUAAUGUUUGCAUGCCUUUUAUGUCCUGCGCACAGGACUUUUUUUAUUUUGCUCUUGCCUGGCAGAAGCAAAAGGCUUUGCAGAAAAAUUGGCUCUUGUGAAACUGCGACUGCAUGACUGUUUUUAUAAUUAUGGUGUCUGUAACCCUGUCUGAACCACAGGAUUUUUUUUGGGGGGGGGGCUUUUGACAAGAGCUGCUUGCAGCCCAACUAGUAAUAUUGAGGCUGUAAUCCUGAAGUCCUUUGCUCAGGUGGUACCAUGCAGGGUUGGCAAGACCUUCUGUGGUUUUUUUGGGAGUAGAGGAAACUGCCUUAACUAUGAAUCAGACUUUUGGGGUCCAUCUGGUUCGGUCUCCCCAGCUGCUGUUGGACUACAAAUCCCAUCAUCUCUUAGCUAUCGGGGCCAGCAGUUGGGGAAUGAUGGGAUUUUUAGUCCAACAACAGCAGCAGCUUUGCAAGGUUAGGAGUAUCUCCCAGGGGGAGGGCUCUGGUGGAGUGCAGACUGGGGAUAGCUCUGUCGGUAGAGCAUGAGACUUGUUAAUCUCAGGGUCCUGAGUUCGAGUACUGCGUUGCCAGGGGUUGGACUAGAUGACCCCCGUGGUCUCUUGCAUUUCUACAAAUCUGUUUUUCUACUCGGUGAAUUGGGUGCUGGAAAGGCCCAGUUUGCAAUCUGAACACAUGUGGGGGGAGUGUGUGUGUUGGAGGGGGAACUACCGCUCAGUGGGUAGUGAAGCCCCUACUGUGUAUGGGAGAAAAAACUCCUAGAUUUAGCAGAGAAGCCACUUUUCUGGCUGCACAGAAAUCAGCACUGGACUUAAAGCACAAGGACAGGCUGGUGGGAUCUCAGGUCAGACCUUAGACCAGCCCCUUCCCUUCUCCUGGGCUCUCUGUGUUUUCACCCACUCCCUCAGGGGUUUUGGCAAGAACAUUUUUUUUGCAGCUGGGUGGAGGGAGAGGAAAUGGGUGCGAGAUAUAUUAUUUUAUCUCUGGGCCUGCAGUUAACCUUGCCCAGCAGCCUCUCCCAUCAGUUAGCCGACCUGCCCCGUAAGUUAAUCAUUGAGCAGCUGGCAUCUCGCUGUGGCUUACGAUAAGGUGACUGGCGCUCUGUACGUUGCCCAGAGACCUGAAACUUGGUGUGCCCCCCAAGGUCAAGCGGAGCUGUGACAAUCUGGAACCAGCAAACAUGUCCGUCUCUCCUUAGUUUUUAAAUGGGAAGUUGUAAAGGAGUGACCAAGCUUUCUCUGUUUCACAAAACUCUUCCCCAGAUCCUUUUUUUUUAAAUAAAAAAAAAGUUAAACAGGGAAGUUAGUUGAAAAGGGGCACGAGUUGUAGACUUAAGGCAGGAAGCUCUGGGUUCAAAUCUCCGCUUGGCUGUAACUCUGAUCUUGGGCUGAGAGAGUGGCUGGCCUAAAGGGAAAAGGUAAAGUCCAGUCAAAGGCGACUAUGGGGUUGCGGCGCUCAUCUCUCUUUUUUCCCCCCUCCCCAUUUUUAAAAUUCAUUUUAUAACACAAAUAAACACAAACAGAAAAACAAACAAUACAAACAGAUUCUUGUCUUAUCCUUAUUUUUUCUAAACAUUGUUAGGUGGGCUUCCCCAAGUCCCCCCUAUAUGAUUUUCAUUUUACCUCAUCUUUAGCAGUUUACAUAUCAUAAUUUCUAACCAUUUUUUUUAUCACACUUACUUUAACCAUAAAAAACCUUCACAUUUUAUCACUUACAAAUAAUACUAUUUUAAAAUACACUAUCUUCUAACCCUACAGCCUAAAUCCACUUCCAAAGCUUUUCUAAGAUUUAAAUAUUAACAUAUUUUUUCAAAUAUUCUUUAAACUUCUUCCACUGUCUCUUCUCUCUGGUCUCGGAGUCUCCCGGUCAGUUCGGCAAGUUCCAUAUAGUCCAUCAUCUUCAUCUGCCAUUCUUCGAUAGUUGGCAAAUCUUGUUUCUUCCAAUUCUUUGCUAGCAAUAUUCUCGCAGCUGUUGUGGCAUAUAGAAAAAAAGUAACAGCCUUUUUGGGGAUUUCACCCCCCACUAUACCAAGUAAAAAGGCUUCUGGUUUUUUAAUAAAUGUGUUUUUCAGCACUUUUUUCAGUCCAUUAUAAAUCCUUUCCCAGAAGUCUUUUACCUUGGGGGCACGUCCAUCACAUAUGGGCAUGGCUGCCUUGGAGGGACAACGUGAUUUUAAACAGAACAGAAGCUAUGCUUUUAAUAUUUGAUGUUUUAUUAUGUUUUUAUAUAGGUUGGGAGCCGCCUAGAGUGGCUGGGUGUGUGUGUCAGAUGGUACCACUACUAUUAUCCUUAUUAUUAUUAAUAAUAUUAUAUUCCAAGCUUCUUAAUCACUGGUCUUUUCUCUUCCCGGUUUGCAGUGAUUGUGACACCCCCAAGAGAAGGAAGCGGUUGGGCCUUGACUUCAAGAAAGAGUGGUCCUCGCAGGAUUCCGUCUCUUCCGAGUCUUCGCAGGAAUCGGGAGAUUCAGGUCGGUGUUUGGAGGCUGCCAACCGCCUUCCCCAAAUGGGGCUCCUGUGCUUCACUAAACUAUGUCAUGGGGGGUGUUCAGAAAAAAACUGCCUGCUCACUGUGUGGGGAGAGAUGGGAUUAGGAGAACAGCCCCUGUUGAAUUGUCUUCCAACCUAAUAAUAAUAAUAAUAAUUCAUUUAUUUAUACCCCGCCCUUCCCGGUGCAAAAACCAGGCUCAGGGCGGCUAACAACAAAUUUAAAAACAGUAUUAAAGCAGUAUAAAAUACAAUAUAAAAACAUGAAUAACAAUAUGGAACUUUAAAUUAGGUUAAAUAAUAAUAACUAAUUUUGUAUCUCCUUUCAUCCGAUGAUCACAAGGAGGUUUGCAAUAUAAAAACAUAAAAAUGCAUGUCAUAGUAGCAAACAAAAACAAGCGACCCAAUUAAAGCAGCUGUGAAAGGAGUGGCUCUUAUUCUCUGGGAAGAGCAGUUCUGACUGGGGUCUUUUAUGGGAUGCUUGUCUCUUUUCUCUGAUUAAACAUGCCGAUUUUGCCAUCUCGGUUAAGCCUGUUAAUUCUAGUAGGCACCCUUCCAUUGCUGGUCAUAAUGGGUCUUUGGGCGCAGGCGAACUCCCCUGAUCUCUUGGAGUGCAAAGGCAGCUAACCGCUGGUCCUCCAGUUAAGCGUGGGACUAAAAUUCCCACCAUCCCUGACCAUUGUCCACAGCAUCUGGUGCUGAUGGGAGUUGUCGUCCAAAGAUUCCUGGAGGGCGCCAAUUUGGGGAAGCCUGAACAGAGAAACUUCUUGCUGGUUUUCCCACCUUGUUUAUCUCUCUUGAUAAGAUUCCAGAGGGGUUCCUGGACCAUAUCAGCAAGCCUUUAAUCUGUAAAAGCAGGGCAUUCCCCAAAGCAUCUGAGACUCUCCUAGGAGGUGGUAUCCUGCAGUUGCAGAUCAGGGGUUGGCAUGGCCUGAAGCAGACGAUCUGCGAUCCAGGAUCACAGAUUCUAUAUGAUCUGGGAUCAGGAGAAUGUGUGGCCUUUUGCAGGGUGGCUGAACUCAGACCAAAUCGAUUAUCUAGACUAUCAGAUUGUCAUCGCUGGACCAAGUCCAUCCCUUUUGUUGCAUUAAUCCAGGGGUCAGCAAGCUUUUCCAGCAGGGGGCCAGUCCACUGUCCUUCAGACCUUGUGGGGGGCCAGACUAUAUUUCUUUUUUGGGGGGGAUGAACGAAUUCCUAUGCCCCACAAAUAACCCAGAGAUUGCAUUUUAAAUAAAAGGACACAUUCCACUCAUGUAAAAACACACUGAUUCCCAGACUGUCCAUGGGCCGGAUUUAGUAGCUGAUUGGGCCAGAUCUGGCCCCCGGGCCUUAGGUUGCCUACCCAUGCAUUAAUCAAACUAAACAGUUUGAACCAUUUUCUUUAGUGGGUUGUGCAAGCCGCAGUUCUGAAGGAUGCUUUUUAUGGGGUAGGGGGCACGGGGCUCAGUUUAUGGAGCUUAAGGGGGCAGUGGCCAGAGUUUUUUUGGGGUGUGGGGAAUUUCAGUUCAGUAAUACCUGGAAAAGUCCAGUGUUUCUGCGUACCUGGAACACAAGAAGUGCCCUUCUCCUUUCCCAGCCCUGAAUCUUUGUAUGGCAGCCCAAAUAUAUGCCCGCUCUCUCGUUGCCUGUUCAAAUGUUUGCACCCCACCAUUAUCCCAUAAGCUCCCCAAACCUAAUGUGCCUUUUGGAGCCUCUUUGCAGCUCUUCCUGAGAAACGUCUAGUUUUGUCAGGCUCUUUCUUAGCAGAAUGUGAAGAGAGGAACCCCACGGAAGACCUCAAAAGCCAGGGGGCUGGGGGGCGCCCUCCCAUCCCAGCGGCCUUAGCGAUACUCGUAUUUCUCUUUCCUCAUGUGAACUUCUUUUUGUUGUUGCUGGCACAGGCAUGGGCCCGGAUUCCCCAAUGGAGCCAGAGCUGGAGAUCUUGGAAGAUGUGUAAGUUGGAUUUUUUUUGCUGAUCCUUGGAAGGUAGGGAGGUGUUGGUUGUUUGGUUUCAACCCCCAGCAGAAAGGCUUUAAAUGAGGAUUUGAUGGAGCGUGAAAAAGCGUUAAUCCUGAGGCUCUGUCUUUUGAUGCAGUUUGCUGAUACGUAGUUUUAGUUUGCUAGCUUCUUGGAACAGAAAGGGCCAAGGGCUUUUUCCAAGAAACAACAGCAAAUGGCUCAAGAAUUGUGUUGUGGAAGGGGAGAUUAUUGGGUUGCCUUUAGUUUUGCUUUUAUUAUGUAUUCUUCUUUUAUAUAUUGUGAUUUUAUGUCGUGAACCACCCUGAGAUCUAAAGGUAGAUCAUAUGAUUAUGAUUAUUACAACUAAUAAUAAUAACUAAUAAUAAUAAUGAGAUCUACCCGUAGAUCUCAGGGUGGUUCACGACAUAAAAUCACAAUAUAUAAAAGAAGAAAUAAUAAUAAUAAUAAUAUCAGUUGCUGGAAACCGCAGGAGGAAAGUGUUGCUCUUGCGUUCGAAUCCUGCUUGCUGGUUUCCCACAAGGCAUCUGGUUGGCUAAUGUAAGAACAGGAUGCUGGACAAGAUGCCCCACUGGCCUGAUCCUGCAGUCUUUUCUUACGUUCUUCCCUGCAAAUGUGGCAAUUCCAAAUGGCUCAUGGUGGCCAGCUGGGGAGUUGUGGGUCCUGACCUUUUUCUGGUGAAGGGGAUAAGAGUUCUUGACUCCCUCGGUGGAACUGUGUUUGCUGGAAAACAAAAACAAGGGUCCUCCCUCCACCGUUAUUCAAAAUGAUCUGGCCUUGUCGAGGAAAGGACCACAACAUGGCAGCUUCCCCUAAUUUGAAAUCUGUGUCAUUCUCAAUAAGUGAAUUCCAUUCCUGUUAACCGCAAUCUGCUGUGGCAUGGACUUGCACCCAGAAUGCAUCUCCUGAAGUUCUUCAGCAGGAGUUAUGUUGGGCACUAAAAAAACAGUUUCAGAUCUGUAGUUCAGCCCAAGGGGGCUGAAACCUAAAAGAUUUGGUUCUAAUCUUUGGGGAUUGAUCGAACCUUCCUGCAUUUGCUGGAGAGGGUGAGGUAGCUGGUUUCAGGUUUGCUGGGUGUGUGUGUGGCAGGUUUAUGGCUUGGUUGUUUUCAGGUGAAUUUUCAAAGCUGAGGAUGUGUUUUCUGGCCCUCUUAAUCCCUUUACUGCUUGUGGAUUGGGGUGGCCUUUGUUCUCUCCUCGAAUGUAUUUGAAGUGCCCGGAUUUCAGUACUUUGAAAUGCUGGUCUUUGCUGGAAGUUUGCAUCCACUGUGACUAAUCCAUUUCCCAUAUCGCGACGGCAUUCCAGGGUGCGCCAGAAUGCUGUUCUGUGCCUAGGGCUGCACACAACAGUCCAAAAAUCUGCUUGCAUGGCCUCCGGUAGCAUAAGUAGAGAAUCUGUGUUCAGGCGCUUGAAAUACCAAAAUUUGUAGGGUGUGCAAUGAACUUAAUGGAUGCAACAAAAACAGCAUGAAAUAUAGUAUAAAACGUGAAUAACAGUAAAUUCAGAAUUCAAAAUCAAUUUAGGGGAGAAAUCCAUCCAAUAAACAUUAGAUGAUCACCAGGGCUAGCUGGCUAAAUUUGGGCCAGCGAGACCAGGGGAGAAUUAGCUGUGGGAUCCCAGAGCGGGUAAUCUUCAUAAAAGGGGGGGGGGGGGGAGGAAGGGGACUAAAAGAUCAGGCUAAGUUCAAAUUGAAAGCCAGGUGGAAUAGCUCUGCAGAAGGAAGUUAAAUCCUGGAGGGCCCUGGUCUCAUGGGACAGAACAUUCCACCAGGUCGGAGCCAUCACUGAGAAGGCCCUGGCCCUGGUGGAGGAUAGUCUGGCUUCCUUAGGGCCCGGGACCUCUAAACUGUGGUUAUUCAUGGACCUUAAGGUCCUCUGCAGGGCAUACCAGGAGAGUUGGAUGGGGUUCCUAAAGUCAUCUGGUUCAGCCCCCUGCAGAUGCACUUAUAUAGUCAGGUCAGGCCAGGCCUCCCUUGCCUCCAGCGAGCCGAGAGGGGUUGACAGGUGUGGUCUUGUGGGAAAACAGGCCUCUCCCAUCUCUCAGCAGCAGAUUUGAGAAAAACCAGUCUCCGUGGGAGAAUUAAGAGCGCUCCACCUUUGCCAGCAGAAAGCAAAAAACUUUGGGCCAUGCAGCUGCCAAGAGAUGGUUCAGUGGUUGGAAAAUAAAAACUUCUUCCCCAACCGGUAUUUUUGAAACCUGCCCUCCAAAAAAAUAGGUGUGGGGCUGCGUGGGUGGACCCCUGUCUAGUUCUUGGGACUUGAUGGGUGAAGGUCUUAACCGCACUCCUGACGGUUUCCUGUUGUCGAUGUCUUCAGAGUCGAACAGGAAAGACUCUGCAAAGUUGCCGGUCAGGAUGACUCUGAGGGUUUCGUUUCAAAAGGUUGCUUUGCUUUCGAAAGGCUGUCUGCUCUUACCCUAUCUAUUUAUUUCGUAAAAUUCGCACAGUGCCGGAUUGAAGAAAAUAACACUCCCACCUCAAAGCGGUUUGCAAGCAGUUAGGGAAAAAGAGAGAGAUGAAAUUAUCAAUGGGAAAAACCAACCACAACAACAAUUUAAGACAGUUAAUAAAAAGUGUGUGUGUUGGGAGACCACAGUGAAUUGCAUUUUUUACUUUACUUGAACCCCCAAUAUGCCAGGGACUCAUUGGGCCUGGGGGGGGGGUGAAACGUGUGUCCUUUGGGGGUCUUUUUCCUUCAGUUUAUCCCCCCCCCUUCUAAACCACAGAAGGCUGGGUCUUGCUGAAAGUUCUGCAGCUUUUAAUCUGUUGCUGCAGCUGAUCAGUUUGCCAACAUUUUAGAAACUUGAUUAAAACACCCCCUCCCCAUUAGUUGAAGGGGCUGAAGCCGAGUCAAGCUAGCAUUUUAAAGGGGUGUGUGUGGUUUUACUGAAACCAGGGCCAGUCCAUCUGUGACAAUGGACCCUUCCCAAAUACUGGAGGUUUUUUUGGAAGUAAGGCAAGUUCAUAUGUUUCCCUCUCAAAACCCGGCAACUGAAUACACUGUUGACACACUUUUUUUGCUGGGCAAAAUGUGUCCUGUUUCCCCUUUCCUAAUAUUAUUUAAAAAGGCACCUUUUUGAGAUGGUGCAAUUAAAAGCUUCUCUCGCUUCCCACAACCAAAGAGAUUUUUUAAAAAGGGUUCGGCUAGGUCUUUUUAACAAGUUGAAAGUCCCCUUUUGCACCUGCCCUGGGGGGGGGGCGGUUUCUAGCCUGGCAGCUGCAAGGCGGGUGAAUGGGGAUCGGAGACAGAUGGUUGAAACUCCACCCGCCCCCUUUAUUGAAGCAGGGAACAUCUGCCUGGAUUUCUGAGCCGCAGCCUCUUGGUCUUUUGAGAGAAAAGCUUGCAUUCCUUGGGAGUGUCCAGUUGAAGGACCUUAAAUACUUCUCUCCUCUUCUGCCUCCUCUUGCAUUCAUUCAUCUUCAAAGGUUUUGGGAGAUGCAACAGGCGCCCCUCUUGAAACGGGGCUGCCUCAAGGAGGCCUUUUGUACUUGGGGGACAGACGCAAAGGGGGAUCUGCUAGGCUGCGACUAGGCUGUGUGCAGGUUGAAAGGGGGGGGGGGAAUGGCAGGAAAGCCUUGGAGAGCCCCCCCUGCGUCUAGGUGGCUUGUGAGAAGUGGCCUUCCAUUGGGGGGAGGUUAGCUGUGUUCCCUUCCUAUUAGUGUUUCCAUUUUCUGUAUUUAUAGCCCAGCUUUUCCUCCCAGGAGCUCAAGGUGGAAUCCAUGCUUUGCCCCCUUUGUUUAACUGCCCCGAUACAACAUCCCUGCGAGGAGGCUAGGCUGAGAUAAGAUAGCAAUGGGGCCCCGAGGUCACACCUAGGAAGCUUCACAGCCGAGUGGUGGGAUUUGAACCCAUGCCCUUGUCUGGCACUGUAACCAAUACAUCGCACUGUCUCUUUUGUCUGCGGUGGGUGGAGAUUGCCUUUGUGAAGAGCCUGCAGCGAGGGGUUGGGUGGGCUUUGAAUCCUUUUUCCUUUUGGUUGGGACCUGCGGGUUGUGAGCCCAGCCCGGACAGGUGUGCCUGGAUGCGCAGUGACUUGUGUGCAGUGACUCUAGAGCAGGCUUCCUAAACCUCGGCCCUCCAGAUGGGACUACAACUCCCAUCAUCCCUAGCUAGCAGGACCAGUGGACAGGGAUAAUGGGAACUGUAGUCUCAAAACAUCUGGAGGGCCGAGGUUGAGGAAGCCUGAUCUAGGGCAACUCUGUGCGAUUACGCAGCAAGCCAGCCCUGGACCACUGCACAGUGGUCUCCUCACUGGCCCAAAGAGGACUAAUUUAGCCAGCUAGCCCUGGUGAUCAUCUAAUGUUUAUUGGAUGGAUUUCCCCCCUAAAUUGAUUUUGAAUUCUUGAUUUAUUGUUAUUCGCGUUUUAUACUGUAUUUUAUGCUGAUUUUCGUUGCAUCAAUUAAGUGUUUUAAAUUUGUUGAUACCCACCCUGAGCCCGGUUUUCUGAACCGGGAAUGGCGGGGUAUAAAUAAAAUUUUAUUAUUUACUAUUGUGCUCGGAUCCUGCUUGCCAGUUUUCACAGGCAACUGGUCGGCCGCUGUGUGACUGGACCAGAUGGGCCACUGGCCCUGAUCCAGCCAUCUUUGCCAUCCUUAUAAGUGAUCUGCGGUGCGUGGCUUGCUGCAUCUUCUGUUGCGCAGCCCUGGCUGAAUUAAGCCAAACCUAACAGCAGAGGGGAAUAACCUUGCUUGGAAGGCUGGCGAUGGGCGUGCGUGUUCAGCAAUAGCUGGGGGCAGAUGGCACCCGAGAGGGUCCCCACCCUGAUUCGCAGCAGCAGCACCCGCUGCCAUGGGAAUGCCCUUGUUCUCCCCACGCCUCCAUGCAGAAAGGGAUCUUUCCAGGGGAUCCUUGAACCAAGGCCCCCUCCCUCCUUGCCCAAAGCUGGCAGCAGCUGGCAGCCGCUUUCAUGUCUCCACAAAGACCACCCUGCAACCGCCGGGCCACGCUUAUUAACUCUUGAAUGGCCACAGCGCAAGGGGGCCCAGCUCAGGGCAGCUGGGAAACGGUGUGUGUGUGUGAAACCACUGCACAGCGGGAGACAGGAAUGGCUGAACAUGGUAUGGCUAUAGAGGAGCGGGAUCUGAACUCGGCACAAAAAAGCAAGACGUUGGGCAACUGUGCUUUUAGUUUCUGAAGUUCAGAGUUGAAAAAUAAUUGAAAAAGAAAAAUGCGUAGCUUUGGUCAGCUGAUAGCCUUCCUUGGUGAAUUGCUUGAUUUAGAGAGCAGGCGAGGAAGAGGCGAGGCGGCAGAAGUUUGCAACUGGGGAGAAAGAGGGUGGGGGAAAGUUUUCUUCCCUCUUCGCCUAACGUCUGAGGCAGCUGCAUGUUGGGAGAUUCGGGAUAGAUAGAACAAAGUCCAUCUUCACGCAGCACAUGGUUAGACUGCGGAACUCCCUGCCACUAAACUGGAUGGCUUUAGAAGUGGAUUAGGAAAAGGAGGAGAGGGUUAUGGCCGCAAUGGCUCUGCUCUGCUUCCGCAGUCGCUCCUGAAUCCCACUUGCUGGAAACCACAACAAGUGGGAGCGCUGCUCUUGUGUUCGAAUCCCGCUGUGUGGAUUUCCCUUUGGGGCACCUGGGUCCUGGCCAUUGUGGACUAGCCGGGCCUGAUCCAGGAAGGCUCUUUUGAUGGUCUUUAGUUGUGUGCCUUCUUUAUGAAUGGGAGGAUUUCUGCCUCCCUCUCUGCUUUUGGGGCAACGCAGCCCGGAUUAGGGUGUAGCUGGCCCUGAUUCGCGCCCACACCCUUGGGAGGCUGUUGGCCUCUCCCAGUCAGGGACUCUCGCAGCAACGCAUUGGGGGCGCCCCUUGACACUGAGCGAAACAUGCAUGAUUUUCCUGUCUUCAUCCAACAGGUUUGAGAGGAACAUGUUCGGGUCUCAGAGAGUCUUCAGAAAGUAAGUUCUUUACAUCCUACAGUGGCACAAUGACCCAGGAAAGCCCCAUGACUCUUUCUCUCCCUCCCCCUUUCUCCUUUGAGAUGCUCUCAAGCCCCCAUCCUUGAGGGCUUCACCCCACCCACUCCUGUCUUGCUUAAGAAACCAUCUGCUACCUUCUGCACGUCGCCUGAGCACGCCAAGACUUGCAGACGCUAAUAAUAUUUCAGGGUUUAUUAUCUCCAGGUUCCUGGGGCUGGUGGGUGGGCUUUUUUCCUGUCUCCGCGCAUUAUUGUUAUUAUUAUUGGCAAGGCUCCCAUUAUGGCGCUGGGGAGAUUGAACUAACUAGGUCGCCUAUGCAUGCAGCAGAAUCAAGCGGCAAGGUUUUCCUGGUCUGCAUGCAGGAAGCUGCCUUGUACUGUCUUAACUCAGUAUUGCCUCCACUGAUUGAUAGCUGUUUAUCUGCAGGUUUUCAUAGAGGUCAGUCCUGCCUGGAUCUGCCCUUUGGGAUUGUUGGGGUGUUGUUGAGAGGCUGCAAAUGUCCCUUGUGGAAAUUGCUAUUGCAUGUGAAGGAGAAUUUACCAAGCGGGACUCACAGCUGUUCAUUUGACAUUCUGCCUUUGCACACCCAGAAAGUGUGCUUCGGGGUUGGACUAGAUGACCCUUGGUGUCUCUUCCACAAUCCUACAGUUUUAUGAUUCUCUGAAUCAUAAGACGUGGUCUCUUGCCUGCAGCUAGAGGCGGGACAGUCAGGAGAAAGCUUUUCUGUCUGGGAGUCCUCUGAAAGUAUCAGCCAGUCCUUCGAUUUGGCAGAACCCGAGCAAAUAUCUAUUUAUCCCGUUCCAGAUAGGAAUAUCUUUUUAUGGAACAUUGCAAAGUGAUUUGAGAAUAGAACAUCCAUGAUAAACACAGCAGUUUCAUAUGUAAAAAACAACUUUUGAAACCUUCCUAAAUAGAUUCAGAGUAGGAUAAAAAUCUCCAGUGGGAGAGAGUUCCAAAGUCUGCAGCUGACGAUGAUUUCCCUCUUUUUUUCCUUGCAGUGAUUAUCUUCCCAUCAGAAGAAUCCAGUCUUUGCCGGUAAGUUUACCAGCUGUUUUUUUAAACCAGGAAGCUUCGCUUGGUGCCUCCUCAUCUUGAGAAGUGGGGACUGAAAUAUUCUGUACAUGCUCAGGAGCAAGGGAGUCUUUGUGCAGCUAGGCUGAGCCCUAAUCUUUCAAAAUAAUAAUAAUAAUAAUAAUAAUAAUAAUAAAUUAUACCCCGCCCUUCUGGCUGGGUUUCCCCAGCCACUCUGGGCGGCUCCCAACAGAAUAUUAAAAACAUAAUACAGCAUUAAACGUUAAAAACUUCACUAAACAGGGGUGCCUUCCGAUGUCUUCUAAAAGUCAGAUAGUUGUUUAUUUCCUAGACAUCUGAUGGGAAGGCAUUCCACAGGGCGGGUGCCACCACCGAGAAGGCCCUCUGCCUGGUUUCCUGUAACCUCAGAUUGAGAGAACUGCCAGAAGGCCCUCGGAGCUGGAUCUCGGUGUCCGGGUAGAACGAUGGAGACGCUUGUCCUGUGGGGUUGCCCAUGAGAAUCUAAACCUGAGUGCAAAACUCAUCCUCCUUGACUUGUGGCUUGGCAGGUGCAGUUUCUGGGUUCGAGUCCCACGCUGAGGAACAUUUCCAACUGCAAGGAAUUCAACAGCUCACUGGCGGCCGAGACGGACUCUGGCCUCCAAGGCAAUGGCGGAAAUGUAAGUGGUGAGAACUGUGCCUUCCUGGUGCAGCCCCCUAACGCCCCCUCUCCGCCCACUGUGCAGCGCUGCUGAAUGGGCGACCUCCUCGCGUCCUUCCGAAAGUUGCAGUGCAUCUCUGCUUCCUCCCCCUGCAGGAAGGCGCCAUCUUCAAGAAGCCCCUGCGACCCGCGGGCAGGUUGUGCCUCUCCGGUGGUGGGGCUGGCAAGAAGGACCCCUUUGCACAGAGGCCAAACUCUGCUCCAGACCUCAUGGUGAGUGCUUCUUUUGCAAGAGCAAUACUCUCUGAUUUAUUUGCUUUUCUGCAGUUUUUGGUCGCCUCUCGUUUCCCAGGUCCCAAUUCAUGGCGUUAAAUCCAAGAUGGAUUUUUGGUUCUCAGCCGGAUGAUAACUGUGCCUGUGACUCUUAGCUUAGGUUAGAUUCAGACAUGCACAGUCCCAGCAGUUGCUGCGUUUUGGGAGAACAUUUGCCAUGUUGAGCAUUGCACUCAAUUCUUCUUCAAGAAUUGGUGGGGGGAGAAAACAGCUUUUGUUGCAGAAGUGGCAAGCAUAGAAACCCCCCAGGUUUUUUUCCCUUUUGCAGCCAAUUGAUAAUUGCCAAUUAAAGUCACAUAGCUGGGUUUAAGCAGGUCUUAGUCUAGACAGACCCCGGGUGGGAUAUCUCCUGGAAUUCCUGUUACAUCCUGCUGCCAUUGUUCUACGUUUGAUGAAGAACAGGAUAUGCCCAUAAUAAAAUAGACAAGGUGGAGGGGCAAGGUGCUUUGAAACAAAUACACAACGGUGGCUUUUUUUCAGCCCCCUCCCAUUUCAUGUCUUUCACUGUUGCAUGUUUUCCUUCUCCCUCCUGUCCCUUUUUCCUCUUGUGACAUGCCUUUUUAAGAUUGCAAACCCAAGAGUAAUGCUACUGAAUUUAUGAUUGUUGUUCUUAUUUUAAAAAGCCACUCUGGGAGCCAUCUCGUAGGGCAUAAAGGAUUUUAAUAAAUGCAAAAUGUCUUGAUGGUUCUGUGUUCCUUGCCCCUUUCAGUAUUCGAGCCCAGAGAAAGAGAACAGGAGCCCAGGAUCUGAUAGCCAUGUCUACCUCCGCCGCUCGUCCUUGACCUCCUUCAUGGUUGACGAAGAUAAUGAUGAUGAUGGGUUUUUGGAAAUCCUGGAUGAGGAAGACCUGAAGGUAAGGCUUUUAAGAUCCUAUCUUGCAUCAAAGAAAGCAAAAUUCUGUCUGCUUGAACUGCAAUCCCAAGCAAGGCCGACUUGGGAGUAGGUUUCAGUGGUGCAAAUUCCUAGAGAAACCUGGUUGGCGUUGCAAUUUAACCUUCACAGCUCACUCUGCAAACCUCAGCCUGUACCGCCAUUUCCGCUGCUGUUUUUUGAUGUCUGUGUGCAAACUGCUGUUUUUUGUUGAGUUUUCUCCAAAGUCACAAAAUUAAUUAGACUUGUAGUUGUCUGCUUGUUAGGCGUAUAGAAAGGGAAGAGCUGUGCUAAACACAGCUGGCCGAUUUUUGAACUUGUCUUUGUGACCUGGAUAGAAAAUAUACUAUCAGUAUUGAGGUUUUCUCUGAAUUCUGUGUGGAGUUUGUCAUUGCUUGCAGCUCGGACUCAACAGAAGGCAGUUUUUUGUAGAAUUUCUACAAAAUUUUGUAGAAUUUUGUAGAAGUCCCAAGGGAACAGCGCUGUGGGUCUGUAAGGACCGCCUUUUUGUAUGACAUUCCUAUUCCAACCUUCCUCCGAGGAAGGCUAUGGUGGCAUCCCUAGCUCCAUUUCAUCCUUGCAACAACCAUGUCAGGCAGGCUAGGCAGAGAGAUGUCAGCUGGCUGAAGAAUCGCCCUGGUGAGCUUCAUGGCUUAAGAGGAAUCGAACCCUGGUCUCCCAGGCUCUGAAACCACAAGUAAAGAAUCCUUGGCAGAUCUCUUGUAACUUGAUCCAGUAGCGUCACUACAUAUGGCAGAUUCGUAUAUACAGAUAAGAGUACUGUCCUGUGUUGUAUGCGGGGCAGCCAUCAAAAAAUGGCCCAGAAAUCAGCUAGCACAAGCUUUAAAAAUCGGCUGCUUUGAUUUAUUGGCUUUGUUUUUAAAUUCCUUUACUUUGGCUGUCUUUCUUCUGAUGUGUUUUGAGCCUGCCUGUUUGUUAGAUUUAGCCACUUUCUCCUUUCGUAUCGCUGUUGGGUUUUCUUUGGGGUUCCCCUGCCCUCUUCUUUCCCAUUGCACAAACCCCCAGCCUGGGGUGGGGGUCUCCUGAGCCAGCCCCGCUUCAAUAAAUGGGUCCUACCUUCCCUCCUCCAGGGCGAUGGAAAUUUCCCGUUGGGUAUGGAGAACUUGCUAAUGGCCCCUCUGGUGAGGAAGGAAGAUGAGUCCAGCCUGGUACGUGACAGUGCCGUGUUAACACCCUUUGUUUGUCCCCUGUCCCCCCCCUCCAAAAAAGAAUUUGUUCUGUGGGUGACCAAGGUCUUGGUACUGGUGUUGAUGUGGCAUUUUAAGGAAGAGAAACUUCAGCUUGAGGGCAGGCCUUCCUUCUCCCUCGUUCUUUCCUCUCCUGAGAUCCCCAUCUCCUUCCCCAGUGGGGAGUGGUGGUGGGACGACAACGGGUGGUAAGAGCGGGAGGACUGGGAAGAAGAUGUGUUGGAAGAUCAAGAGGCAACAGGGCUCAGUGAGCAGGGAGAGACUGGGGAAGAGAGCAGUCCAGAAUUGGAGGCAGAAGCAGGAGAGAGGUAGAGAUGAAUCUCCAAGAACCAGGAGAGGCGUGAAGAGGGCGGAGGAGAGGUUUAGCUACAGGUAGGCACAGUCUCCGAUUGCCUGGGGGAAACCCUGGAGAGGAGGGGACUUAGGCAGCUGUGGGGAAUCAGGGACCUUCAGUCUCAGCAACUGCUUCAUGGGGGAAGACCUACCGGAGAUGAGUUGCUGUCCUCAUUAGGCCUGAAACUUGUGCAGAUAGUGUGUGUGUUUUUUUGCUAAUAAGAAGUUUUUGCAGUGGGGUGUUUGGGAGCGGGCCGCUCACUUCUGGAGCUUCUUGCAAACUGCUCUGGAUAUGCUAGGGCCGGAUGGCCGCCUGGCCUUCCAGCUACUUGCUGAGAUUGAAACUGUCUGCAUGUUAGACUGUUUCAGUGACUCCUGUGUCCUGGCAGGGGCUGAUGGGAGUUGUAGUUCGAAGCCUCUGGAGGUUGCCAGGUCGGCAAAGCCUUGCCCCACAUUUGUGAGGGAAAAGUCAAGUUGAUUCAAGUCUUCCCCAUGUGGAACUUGAUUCUUUCCCCCCCAAUUUUUUAAAAUUAAUUUUCAAUGUGGAACUUUGAUUCUUGCUAAGAAACAGCGGUGGAGAAUUUCUAGAAUCGUUGUGUUGGAAGGGUCCUGAAGGUCAUCCAUUCCAGCCCCCUGCAAUGCAGGAAAACGCUUUGUCUUGGACCUUUCCUCCUGACCCCGUGGUAUUUCCACAAACAGUAUAUUUUUCGAGGCCAUGUGAAAUGGCUUUGUCUUUGUUGCGUUUUUAAAAGUCUAUAUACCGUGUUUUUCGCUUUAUAGGGCGCACCCGACCAUAGGGCGCACCUUGUUUUAGAGGGGGAGAACAAGAAAAAAAAUUCUCCCCCUCUCUGCGCAGCGCCCCUUCAGCGAAGCGGGAGGAGAAAUGGAAGGGGCUCCAUUUCUCCUGCCGCUUCGCUGAAGGGGCGCUGCGCAGAGAGGGGGAGAAUUUUUUUUCUUGUUCUCCCCCUCUAAAACAAGGUGCGUUCAGUCGCCUUCAGUGAAGGCAACACGAAGCCUCCGGAGCGCAGAAGGAGUUCCCGCUGUGCUCCGGAGGCUUCGGGUUCCUUUCGACCUGCUCUUUGGGGCUGGCAGGGGGAAGCCCGGCUUUCCCCCACCGCCAGCCCCAAAGAGCAGGUCGGGGAGCAGCGGAAAGGCUGUGCGCAGCCUUCCCGCUGCUCCCAGAGCUUGUCAGGGCUGGCGGGGAAAGCCCGGGUCCCCCCCCCCCCAGCCCCAGGGACCACACAUUCGUCCAUAAGAUGCAUAAACAUUUCCCCUUAGAUUUUAAGAGGAAAAAAGUGCGUCUUAUGGAGUGAAAAAUACGGUAAAUAAAAAGUACCAUGCCAAGGUCUAUCUCUCUUUCAUGCAGUAUUGGAGUCUCAUGAUAUCCCUCUUUCUCCCCCAAACUGGAGCAGAGCCCCCUGGGAUCCGGCAAAUGCCGCCGUCUGUUCCGCUCCCCGUCCAUGCCCAGCGCCGUCAUCCGGCCCAUCCUGAAGCGGCUGGACCGGCCCCAGGACAAAGAGACGCCGGUGAAAAACAAGAGGCGGAAGAGUCUGGCUGGCGGCGCCAUUGAAGAGAAGGAAGAAGAGCCGGUAAUUCAUGCAACAAAGGCUGCAUCACAAGGACGUGGGAAGAGGGAGGGUUGGAGGCGGCAAUAAAGGGAAUGGGGCCUUUUUAGGGGUGGCUCCCUGCUUGUGGAAUGCUCUCCCCAUCUGACACCAUCGUUGCAUAUCUUUAGGCGCCAGGCAAAAACGUUCCUCAUUCACCAGGCUUUUGUCUUUGAACAAUCUGUGGCCUUUUUGCAGGAAUAUUUUAAUGUAGUUAAAACAUUCAGAUUUUUCUUGUUGACGUGUGUGUUUUGCUUAAGAUGUUGGAGGUUGCUUCAAAUUACUGCAGCAAAAAAAAGCAACUAAUGAAUUUAAAUAAUACAUUUCGGGGGAGGCAGGCUGCUGAUGUGAAGGCUUGUUGUUGUUUAGCCUUCCAAGUCCUAGGGCGCCUUCUGGCCCGGUCUUUUAAGAUGGGUUGCCACGUAUUUCUUGUGAGGUAUUGCUCAAUUUCUGGGGGCUGCAUCAGAAGAAAGGGGUAGCAGCGGCUUUUUGUAUGCUUAUUGUGGGUUUGUUUAUUUCAUUUUGCAAGAUUUGUAUAGCGCUUGACUGCAACGAAAGUUUCAAAGCAGAAUAUAGUGAUAACAUUAUCAGUUGUUAUUUAAAAAGCAAACACCUGGGAGGAGAUUCUGAUGUAGCUUCUGCCCAAAUGACUUGCUUGAGCCCAUUGCUGGCGCCCAGGAAGGAGUCUUUGCCGGUUUUAGUGGGAGAAAGUUCUCACUUCUGGGUGUCAGUGAUCUACAACUCCCACCAUGCUUUGCCAUGCUUGCUGGGGCUGAUGGGAGUCGCAGUCCACCAGCGCCGUACAGGGCCAAUGGUUCCCUGCUCCUGAUCUCGGAUGCUUACUGGGUUUGGCAUCAUGGACGUGCCCACACAGACCCCCUAACAGUCCUUCUCGUCUGCUUUCCCUAGAAACCUCGGCUGGUUCGCUCUCGCUCCUGCUGCCCCAGCGAGAUCGCAAACAUCUUGGACAAUGACCACCGAGAGCUGAUCGGAGACUUCUCGAAGGUACUGGCAAGAAUCCCUGCAAACCGUGUUAGGUUAUGCAAUGCUAUGCGCGUACUGCCUUUUGGCCAAAAAAGACUGCUCGCAGUACCAGUGCAAACACAAAACAAUGCAAAAUUGAAUGAAAUUGUAGCCUUUCAGAAGGACUAAAAUGCAUUUGUUUCCCUGCUAGGCUUACGUUUUGCAAACGGUGGAAGGGAAGCACCAGGACCUCAAGUACAUCUCUCCAGAAAUGGUGAGCAAGUUUGGAAUCCAAUAUCCUGGGAUGCUUCUAUCUCUAUCGCACAAGGGACCUGUAGCUUUGCUUUCCGCAGCUGUUGGGGCCACCACCUUGAAGACCUGGUCAUACAGCCUUGCUUUACCCAUGGAUCUUGUGCCCCAAUGCAACUGUUCAAAAAUGCUAGACUGGGGGAAGGAGAGCUGGGAGGAAAUUUGCAUCUAGAAACCGAUGCGUCCCGGUUCUGACCAAACUCUGCCUCCUAGAGCAAAAUAUACAGUAGGAGUUUGGUCAGAACUGAGUCUACACUUCCAGUUAACACUAAAAGCAUUACUUCUGGAACAUGAGCCACCAUAGUCGCUAGAGGGCCAUUAAAAUUUGGGCUUUUUAGACUCCUACCAAAUCCUACCUAUCAAUUUGAUUUUUGAUUUCAUUGUUACGUUUUAUACUGUAUUUUAUGCUGUUUUUUGUAGCAUCAAUUAAAGUGUUUUAAAUUUGUUGUUAGCAGCCCUGAGCCUGGUUUUCUGAACCGGGAAGGGCAGGGUAUAAAUAAACAUUAUUAUUAUUAUUAGAGGAUAUAUUUAAAGUAGAUAAUUAAAUGAGUAAAUUAAAUGAAUUUGGAUAUGCAGAAGAUGAUAAAUUUAAGGGACCGCAGAAAGAGGGGGAAGGAAGUUGAACUUUGAAAUGUUAAAAUGAUUAUAUAAUAAUAAUAAUAAUAAUAAUAAUAAUAAUAAUAAUAAUAAUUUAUUAUUUAUACCCCGCCCAUCUGGCUGAGUUUCCCCAGCCACUCUGGGCGGCUCCCAAUCGUUAAAAACAGUACAGCAUUAAAUAUUAAAAACAUCCCUGAACAGGGCUGCCUAAUGAAGAACUAAUGAAAUGUAUAAACAUGAAAAGUACAGUGGUACCUCGGGUUAAGUACUUAAUUCGUUCCGGAGGUCCGUUCUUAACCUGAAACUGUUCUUAACCUGAAGUGCCACUUUAGCUAAUGGGGCCUCCUGCCGCCGCCGCACCGCCAGAGCACGAUUUCUGUUCUCAUCCUGAAGCAAAGUUCUUAACCUGAAGCACUAUUUCUGGGUUAGCGAAGUGUGUAACCUGAAGUGUAUGUAACCUGAAGCAUAUGUAACCUGAAGUACCACUGUAUAAAUAAAAACAUAAUAAUAAUAAUAAUAAUAAUAAUAAUAAUAAUAAUAAAGUCUGGCACCAGUGACCUCUUCCAGGCUGCACUCCCAGGAUGGCAGCAAGCAGUGCUUAAAGUCUCUGGUGCAAAAUAAUACAAGUGAUUCUGCGUAUGGCUUAUUUUUUACUGUUGUCCUUUGCCCCCAGAUGGCGGCUGUUCUGACGGGCCAGUUCAGCAACCUCAUCGAGAACUGUGUGAUCGUGGACUGCAGAUACCCCUAUGAAUACGAAGGAGGCCACAUCAAGGUGAGCACUCUGCCUGCUUGAGGUCUCUGGGUUCGAGGAACCUCCCCUGUCCCAAGCGCAGCUCAAGGGGCUGAGGGAUCGCCCUGCCAGAGUCCUGCCCGGCUCGGGACCCUCCUGCUGCCAAUAAAACAACGUCCGUCUCAGGCUGGAGGAUUGUACAGUACACAGGACACCAGCGUCUACAUUUUUGUAGUAUUUUAGUUGGGUCGUGUUGCCAAUGGGAGCUGGUUGCUCCUUCCAUACGACGCCCCACCUCUGGAAACCCCAAUACGUGGUGCUGUUCCCAGUGGGGGCAUUUGUGGGGUGGGGGCAACCCCUCAAAAGCCAAACUAAGCUUGUUUUUAAAAAAGAGAAUAAGCCCAGUAUGCCUCCUGAGAAUUACUUCUGACCCCUGAGGUUCGUGGCCCCAUCCCUUUGUGUAAUUUUGGAGGUGGAAGGGGACACCAGGGGUCAUCUACUCCAACCCCCUUCACUCCCCAUGACCAACUUUGGAGGGAAAACAAAACCUUGCAUCAUUUUUCUCGCUUAUCAAAUUGUGUUUUCCUCCCUGUAUCCUCAGUGUUUUGUAAACUGUAUAUUGAUGGAUGCUUUUUUAAAAAAAUAAAUCAGUGGUGGCCCUUGCAUUUGGUGUUCGUGUUUGACGUGCAAAAAGGCUUUCUUUUGCUCUGGCAAACCCCUCCUGUGAGGUAGGCUAUUCCUGUUGCCUGCAGAGCCCGUCUUCCAGGCUACCAGAGGAGGUCUGGGAAGUGGUGACCUUUCAACACCCCUUGUCCCCCAGAUCAAUGUCCAGCUCUUCAGCUGCUGGCUUCCUAAAACUGAACCGCAUUUCAACAACAACAACAACAAUUUUUUUAUUAUUUGUACCCUGCUCAUCUGGCUGGGUUUCCCCAGCCACUCUGGGGCGGCUUCCAACAAAGAUUAAAAAUACAUUAAAAUGUCACACAAUAAACACUUCCCUGAACAGGGCUGCCUUCAGAUGUCUUCUCAAAGUCAGAUACUUGUUUUUCUCUUUGACAUCUGGUGGGAGGGCGUUCCACAGGGCGGGCGCCACCACCGAGAAGGCCCUCUGCCUGGUUCCCUGUAAUUUGGCUUCUCUUAGGGAGGGAACGCCAGAAGGCCCUCAGAGCUGGACCUCAGCGUCUGGGCAGAAUGAUGGGGGUGGAGACACUCCUUCAGUUCAUUUCAUUUCAAGUUCAAGAGUCCUGGCAAAGCACAAAACCCAUGCCCCUAUAGAACUCUACUCCUAGCCGAGGGCUUGUUGACAUCUUCCUAUCCUGGGGGGUUGGACUGGAUAGCCACUGGGGGGUCCCUUCCAACUCUGAUUCUACAAAAUCAGAAAGUAUCACGCUAGAGACUUAGCAUUGAGUGGAAGUGAGAGUCUUCGGCGGGAAGUCUGAGUCUUGCUCACCUACAGAAAUCUUUGUUCUCUCAAGAUCAAUUCCCAUAUUUCAAUAAGCUUCGUAUUUUGUCGCAUACCUGCACUUAAAAGUGUGUUUGCGCACCGGGUGUGGAAGGGAGGGAAUUGGUGAUGCUUUUUGCUAUGGGUCUGUUUGAUGGAUCCUGUCCUGACCCUGCCUUUCUCUUCAGGGCGCUGUGAACCUUCCUCUCGAAAAGGAUGUGGAAGAGUUCCUUCUCAAGAAGCCCAUCGUGCCGUGUGACCCGGCAAAGAGGGUGAUCGUUGUUUUCCACUGCGAGUUCUCCUCCGAGAGAGGACCCAGAACGUGAGUAGCUUCUGCUGCCUCCUCUCCUGAACACCAGCCACUCCCAGUUUUUCUGAAAUAGGUGUUUUCAGAUUUCUGUUUCCUUGAGGACUAGGGGCUUGAAGUGGAAAUAUCAUCAUCAUCAUCAUCAUCAUCAUCAUCAUAUUUUUAUUUAUACCCAGCCCUCAGGGCGGCUAACACCAAUAAAAUCACAGUAAAAACAUAAUAGGGGGAAAAGGGGGGGGGUGGAGAAAAGAAAAAAACCCAAUUUAAAAUACAGGUUAAAAUGCAAUUUAAAAUGCAGCGCAGCCUCAUUUUAUAAUAGCUGAUAAAUCAAGACCUUAAGGGGAGGGAAGCAUAAGGGUCAGACUGAGUCCAAACCAAAGGCCAGGCGGAGCAGCUCUGUCUUGUAGGCCCUGCGGAAAGAUGUCAAGUCCCGCAGGGCCCUGGUCUCUUGUGGCAGAGCGUUCCACCAAGUCGGAGCCAUUACUGAAAAGGCCCUGGCCCUAGUGGAGACCAAUCUGACCACCAUGCGACUUGGGACCUCCAAAGUGUUGUUAUUUGUGGACCUUAAGGUCCUCCGCGGGGCAUACCAGGAGAGGCGGUCCCGUAGGUACGUGGGUCCUAGGCUGCAUAGGGCUUUAAAGGUCAAAACCAGCACCUUAAACCUGACCCUGUACUUUUAGUCCUUUGAUGCCCAGAACAGCAAGAAAACCGUAUGUGUGUGCGUGCGUUUGUGUGUACCUGCAUCUCCGUAUUUAAGAUUAUGUGUGUUAACAAUUUGCGCUCUCCUCCAUAGGUGCCGUUUUGUCAGGGAAAAAGACCGGGCCAGCAACGAUUACCCUUCCCUGCACUAUCCUGAGCUGUACGUCUUGAAAGGAGGCUAUAAAGAAUUCUUCCCACAAUAUCAAGUGAGUUUUUUGCGAUGGGCUUAGACAAGCUGGAAGGUGUGCAGAGGAGGGCAACCAAAAUGAUAAAAGGCUCAUAUAUAUAUGAGACCUAAAAAUUCUUAUAACAGUAGCAACCCCCAAAAUAAACUAAGCACUGUUUGUUCUCUCCCUCCACAAACCAGAUGCACUGUGAACCCCAGAACUACCGCCCGAUGCACCACAAAGACUUCAAAGAAGACCUUCGCAAUUUUCGCCUGAAGAGCCGCACAUGGGCUGGGGAGAAAAGCAAGCGAGAGCUAUACAGCCGCCUCAAGAACUUCUAA